GAGAUAAAAACCACCUUCCUUUUUAAGCUGAUUUUCGUUGAAGACGGGUGAAGUCAGAAACCAGCAUCAUGAAGUUCUUACUCUCAAUUUUGAAUUUCGCAGUCUUAUAUUUUUGUUUGGUUGAAAGCCAGUUCUGUGCCAAAGAUGAAACACAUCCUUGUAGAUGUAACGGAACACUUGGAGUGGUUGAUCUCAGUUCAUUAGCUACAGCGAACAAUGAACCGAGAUUUAAAGACGUAGAAGAAUUGAGUGGUACCUAUUUGUAUUCAUUUUCCCCGUGUACCGCAUUCAAUGAAGGUGGCUGUGUUGGGGUCUCGGGGUGUAAAACCGACAACUCGUCUUUCUAUACCAUUGGAAAACCAUCGUCUUCAAAUUUCUUCUACGAUGAACCGAGUGAUAAAUUGAGCAUUACUUUUAUAGCGAAUGAAGAUACUCCACGAUCAAUGCGAGUAUUUUUGGUCUGUGACCCGAAUGAAGAAGGAAGUUUGAACGUAACUGGUCCAAACCCGGUCGGAUCUGAUAACGAAGAAAUGACGUUGACGAGUAAAUAUUGCUGCUUCCAAACUGGAGAAACUACAACAACCGUACCACCAACUACAACGACCACGGCCGCUCCAACGACUACGGCCGCUUUGACUACGACUCCAGAACCUGACACAACAUCAGAGGAACCAGAUACGACAUCAGGAAGUGAAACGACAGAACCAUCAGGCCCAACAGAGCCCUCAGAACCAACGUCAUCCGGUCCUACAGAACCUGCUUCCGAUUCGACCGAACCGCCAGCCUCCGGUUCCACAGAACCAGUUACAGGAUCAUCAAUGCCAGCCAGUGAAACAACUGUCCCUGUUACCGGAUCAACCAAUCCAGACGUAACCACGACCGAAUCGUCUUCUCAGUCAGUUCACAUGGCAGGAGUUAUUGCCCUUGUUACCCCAAUAAUAUUGUAUAAAUUGUUGAAUUGAUUCAAUUGUAAAUGUGAUUUUUCUCAUCGUUUGUGAUAUUUAUAAAGACAUUUUAGGUUUGGGGAUAUACAUGUUUUUCAUAUCGGCAUUUCAUUGCACGCCAUUAACAUUCUCACUUGCAGAUAUCACCAACAAUAAUAAUAUGAUGACGUCAUGGACUAUAACUGCUCGUUAGAAAGUUAAUAUUGGCCCGGAAUCAAUGACAGUCUAAGCAUCACUGUACUGCUUUGUUUAAUUUCUCAAAAACCGAACGUCGGAUACAGAUAUAGCUGUAUUUAAGCUUUAUGAGCUUGGCAGCUAUAUCCCUUUAAACUUAAAUGCCGUGAAUCGUUUAUCAUUUUACUCCUGUGUAGAUACAUCGCCCAAAUGCUUCAUUCAUCCUGAAAUAAAUAUCUUUUAAUU